UCAAAUCAGCUUAGAGUUUUUGAGAUCAAUUCCUUUGUAAUACGAACGUCAUGUAUAACCAUGAGUUGCAUUCUUUGUCAAGGUAGAAAUGUCUAAACGGUAUGCACUCCCAGGGGCAUUCGCUUUGCCAGGACUAACCGAUAAACAUCGACCUUAUUCGGUCGGUCGGGUCACUGCUUCGCGAACCGAAGCCGAGAUAAAAUCGGUUGAAAUAGCAACACGAAGCAYCUUGGAAACUUCCUCAACCACAAAGAAUGAUGAAUCAUCGUACCUUAUGGAUGAAAGAGGAGACUUUCUGCCCCCAAAGGAUGGUGGYUUGAUACAUUUGACGAAAUCACGGCCAAAAAGUCCAGCUCGACGGCCUGCGAACCAAACUAAGAGAGAACGGUCUCGGAGUCCGGACUCGAGUCACGAUGAAUUUGAAUAUUAUUCUGGGCUAAAACACGACUCGGAGUUGACGAAUACUGAAGGUAAACAAUCUCCUGGAUUGGGGAGAAGUAGUAGAAGCUCUACAAACAAACAUAUUUCACAACACAAAGAUGAACAAAAACAAACAGUCGUUAAGAAUUGGAAUCAUGCUGGAGCUAACAAUCAACAUCUAACCGACGUGUUUACGUUAAACGAUUCAUCGCAUUUUGUCGAUAACAAUAUGGAUUCAGAAAUGUCACAAGAUGACUGUAUUUCUGAUGAGGAUUUAGGAGACAUGUUAAUUGCAGAUUACAUGGAUUCUGAUGAAUCUAAUUCMGAGUACAAGUCACCUACAAUAAACAGUCGUCCAUCAGAUAGUGAUUCAACACAAAGUAAUAAUGAUCACUCAUCUAAAUUAUUUCCUAGCCUCAGGUCUGACAGUGAAAACAUCAAAAAUAUGCCAUUGGAUACAAAUACGACUACUUCAAAAAAAUUAUUCCCAAGUUUAUCGUCAAGUAAUGACAAUAUUUUAAAAAUGGAUAUAGCUGCUGCUCCUACAGGUAAUAGUAAACCAGAAACUAACACUUUUUCUACCAGCAAGAACCCUAGUAUGUCUUCUUUCAUGGGGUCUAGUGGUUUAUCUAAUCAGUCUUCAGCUCGCCGUCGACGAUUCAAGCCAGUCUCAAUAGAAAAUGUGGAAUCAAAUGAUGCAUUUGGCAAAGAUGAUAAUCCGUCUAUGAAUAGAACUUCUCCAGCAAGUAGUUUUGAGAGACAGUCUUCAGGAUCAAAUAAAUUCAGAAAAGAAGUAGACUGGGGAUUAAGGACAGGUCCCUUGAACUCCAGCUUUUCUGAAUCAACUUUAAAAAGUGGUACAAUGUUUGACAAAUUUUUGAAAAGAAAUCACAAAACAGAUGAGCASCAAGUUGAAAUGAUAGAUACACGAAUACAAGAGGAUAAGGUAAAAUUGGAAGAAAAUUAUCUCAGGAACAACCACAGUGACAACCAAGAAUUGAUAAAAGCAGAGAGCUCACUACGUGAUGCUAAACAGUCAAAAAAUAGCCACAAUUCAAUACCUGAUGUACAGAUGGACCUUGUUGACAAUGAUGACAUCAAACAGAAACAAAGUCUAUCAAAAUUAUUCUCUGAUGAUGAUGAUGAUGGAGAUGAUGACGAAGUUAGUGAUGUUAUUGAGAGUGGAUCACAAUAUUCAGAUGAUGAUGAUUAUAGAACUAAAUACGAUGAUGCCCAUCAUGACGGUGAUGAUGAAAUUGAUGAUGAUGAAGUCAAUGAAUUUCAUUCCCAUCAUAACAAUAUACAAGAUUUGCAUAAAUUGGAUAGUGCCAGAAAUAGAUCACCUGAUAAUAUUCACAAUAGCACAGAUAUUAUCAAUAUUGAUGAUACACUAGAGCAUUCCUUURAAUCUAAUCAAGAACACACAACAUUUAAUGAUUCUCUUGGUAGUGUGACAGAUACUCAUGACAUGAGUUUAUAUAGUCCUGGUGAAAUACCUGGUCAAUACCAUCAUGCUUUGAACUCUAGUAAUGAGUUGUAUGUACCACCUGUGUGGGAUAUAGAUGAAGACACAGCCGAUGAGUCUUAUGAUGACGAGGGUGAUGAUACAUUCAAAGUAGAAAAUCAAAUUGAAAGCAAAAAGUCUAAAAGUGAUGAACAAGUUGACAAGAAUUAUGAAACUGAAAAUGGGGAUGCACAUUCAACAAAUGCAGAGGAAGUGUUUCCUGAAGACGAUGUUAUACGGCCCCCAGGUCUUUUUGACGAAGACGACACAGAAGACCUGUUUGAACCCCCACCMAUGUUUGCAAGUGAUGACGAACUUGAAGAAGAUGAAGAAGCAGAUUUGUUUGWMGAUGUCCCACCUCCUCCUUUGCCAAUAUCUCCUGUGCAAACCAAAAAGGUUAUGCCUUUUCACAAAAUACCAUUAGUAGACUGGACAGAAGAAGACGCUCUGGAAUGGUUGAAAUACGUCGGUCUGGGGCACUUUAAGGAGCAGUUCAAAGCUCACCAUGUCAAUGGUCGAACGCUUAAAAACAUCAACUUCCAACUCCUAGAGGAAAUUGGUAUUAGUGCUCCUGACGAGAGAGAACUUGUCUUGGCUGAAAUUUACGAGUUGGAUAACCCAAGCGAAGAAGAGCAUUUAGAGGCUGAAAUCCAAGACGCGUUAGAAACAGCGUCAGAACAAGACAAAGAAAAGAUAUUGGCCGUGUUAACGGCUUUGCGCUCGCCAACACUGAACAAGUCGAUGGAAUUCCCUGCUGUAAACGAACAAGACAGUGAUCAGGGGUGUCAUUUGUCGUCUGAUUCGGCGUCUAUGACAAGCAGUGUUGCUGCAAGUGACGAGUAUAGUCACAAGGGCAGCACAGGGGUCACACCAAGUCACUCUCAACAUUCUGAUUUGCAUCUAUCAGAUAAAGUGCCUCAUGGACAAUCGCAUGGAAAGACAACUUCCCAGAACAACGAAAAGGCAUCCAAGAAACUAUCUAAAGACAAGGAAAGUAAGAAGGCAAAGGACAAAAUGAAGAAAAAAGAGAAAGGCAUCAAAAAGCAGAAAAAAAGCUUCUCUAAGUUCUGGGAGUCACUGUCCAUCGGACAUACUUCUUCCAAACUGACCAAGGUGUUUGGAUCAAAGAAAUUCAAUCCCGCAAUGCAGUACCUUUUACAGGCGGGCCCACAGGGUAUUCUUAGGGUGUGGCCGACGUCAUUAUCUGGACAAACCAAGUAUUGCAGUUUUAUGAUAUCGAUGACGACUACUAGUGCCCAGGUCGUUCGCAUGGUUCUUGAGAAGUACGAUGUUGUGGCGGAUCCUCUCCGCUAUUAUUUAUGUCAAGUUGGUCUUGGUAAAGGAGGUGUAGACCAAGACUUGGGAGACAAUGACUGUCCGCUCACRUGGCAAUGUCGAUGGAACGACCCUGAGAAGUUCCRGUUUGAGAUGAGGUGUCGUGAUGAAGGAUCUGUAAAGAUGCUUUUUGAGAUGGGGGGAUACGAAGGCGAUCUGGACUACCGUUCUAUUGCCGUCUCGUCCAAGACCCCAUGUAGAGACGUCCUUCCGUUGAUUGUUAAAAAGUACGACCUUCCUGGACAAAUAGACGAAUACCAACUGAUGGAAGUGUCAGAAGAUAAUGAAGACGAUAGACGGGUUGUCGUGGAUCACGUGUGUCCUCUACAUCUUCAGAAAGCAUGGAGUGAGCCUGAUCACGUGUUUCGAUUAGUAAGGAAACGUGUGACUCCCCCUGUAGUCAACAUUCAGCCUCAAAGGGUACAAGCGGCACUAUCUGAAGAAUGCUCGGAGCUGAUCACUGAACUUCCACGCACACAUUCGAAUGUUUCUUCCUUAAGAGAUGGGUACGACACAGACUCAACGGACCAUCUUGACAACACCAGCGAGGAAGCAGACUUUCCCGCCACCAGCAAGGAACUCGAUGAGGUCGUGAUGGAAGUACAAGAUAGCAUUUCUAGCCAGCAGGCUCCUAAUAUUACUACAGAAAGAAGCAGAGCACAAUCAUUUCAGUUAGAAAAAUAUUUGGAAGAACUGAAAAAGAAAGAUGAAGAAUUACUUGCGAAAGAAAAAGAAAUUGAGGAACUUAAAAAGGAAAGAGAUGACCUUUUGGAGAAAGAAAAUGAGCUCCUUGUUUGGCGAAUGAGAAACAGUGAGCUCGUGGAAAGAGAAGAAGAAUUAGAAAAGUUGCAAACUAGUUUGCUUGAGAAAGAAAACCAUGAACAGUUACAGAAAGACAAGGAGCUASAGUCGCUGAGAAAUACGUGUUUAGAGCUAAGCGAAAAGAACAAUGAAGCGAAAGAGUUAGCGGACCAGUUUGAAAAAACUUUAACAGAAAUGGAAACUUCCAUUAAUAGUAGAGAUGAUGAACUUCGUGAACGAAAUAGAGAAAUUGAAAGGUUGUAUGUACGGAACUCGGAACUCAACAAUAAAGAAAAAGAACUUGAAGAACUUCAGAAUAAGAUGGAAAGUUUAACUGAACUUCAAAGAGAUUUUGAAACUCUUCAGCAGAGCUGUCAAACCAGUAGCAUAGUAGAUAAACAGUUAGAGACACAAGUAAGACAAUUGCAAGACGAAAAACAAUCUUUGCAGGCUGAGCUUCGAGAGAUGAAGAACGCAACGCAGCAAAAGUUAUAUUCUAACAACGAGCAAUUUGAUAAAAUAAAGCUAGAACUUGAGAUACUGGAAAAUGAAAAUCGUCAGCUCAAACGUAAAUGCGAUGAUUUACAGCGCAGAAAUCAACUCCUCGAGAAAAGCGCAAAACUGCUUGACGGCUUACGACAAGAAAACCAGUCUUUACUUGUAAAAACUAAAGAAAUGGAAGACAUGAAAAGAAAUAUUAUUAGAUUAAGCUCACAACUUCGCGACGCUGACAAUUUAAGGAUAAACCAAGGUGAAUUGGAUGAUUUGAAGCUGCGGUUGAGUAUCUGUGAAGCAGAAAAACAACAAAUACAAUYACGCUUAGAUGAAGCAGACAGACAAAAAAUGACUUUGAGAGAAGAAGUUGCAGAGACUGAAAAGUUAAGAAAACAAAACAGAGUGCUACAAGAAAAAGUAACUGAGCUUGAUGAUAUGCGUCGUAGUCUGGAAACGUUGCGUUAUGAAGCCAAAGAAACUGCAGCAUUUCAGCAGACACUUGUCCAAGCCCAGGAAGCUGAAAAGUGUCUAUCCAAAGAGCUGAGUUUGAAGGAAGGUAUUAUAAAGCAWAAAGAUGGCAAGAUCGACGAAAUGGACAAAAAGAUUAAAGCAAUGACGGAAGCUAUGAAAAAAAUGGAAGCCAAAUUCAGAGAUCAGGAAGAGCAAAGAAAAAACUUAAGUCGUUUGUUGACCAUCAUCAAGGACAAAGACCCUACUCUUUUGAGAACACUCCACAGAUCUAUAAUUACAAGCAAAGACGACGAGGAAGAGGAGGAGGAYGAAGAAUGGUGUUAAUCACUUCAUUUGUCGGGAUUCCUGUGCCAGGAGAGGGAGAGACAGGAAGACCGACACUACAACAGCUACUUGGAGAUUACACACAUUGUAAAUUUUUUUUCAACUAAAACUUAAUAUAAUAUUAUCUUGUACAAAGUAUUUUUCCAAAAUCUUUUUAGGGAGCAAUGUAUAUCAAGAAAUCUUAUGAUUUCAUUCAUAAUUGUAAUAAAUAACUGAAAUUUAGAAUAGGUUUUUAAAAUACAGUAUACGUUCUUCUGUAUGCCAUAUAACAUUUUAAUAGGAAAGUACAAUAAAGAAUUUAUAAAUAUUUAUGACGUCACCAUUAAGCCAUGAACCCGGCUGGACACUUAUCACAGGGACGGCGGGGAUUUAAAGUUGGGGGAUUAGUGUUCCUCACUUCKACCCAUCACCACUCCCUGUGGUCAACACAGAUAAUCCAAUCUGAUCUCGGGCUGAAAAUUGUUAUAACAUUCGGAGUGUUUAAACGGUUAGGAAGCCUGACCGAGUGUCAAAAAAACUAAACGUCAGAACAACUUUUUCAAGUAAUACAACAAGAGAAAUGGUAACAGUCCGAAAAUAGUACUGUUCGACAGGUUUGUAUGGCAAGUUUGACACUUUGAGAUUUUUCGACUGCACGGCAGUGUUCCGAAU